AAGCAAUCUACAUUAGUCAGACGACACGCUGCCGAUCGCACGGACGGUCGACGCAAGCACUAUCCUUUUACGACGCGUACAUCGCGAAUAAAAAAAAUAUAAACAUCAUUUUAUACACGAAAAAGGUUAAGAAAAUUUAAAUAUAUUUUUUGCGAAUUUUCGGGAUAAUUCCUAAAUAUUUUUCGGAUAUUCCGGUCGCGGUUGCAGAGGUUUUAGAAAAUAUCUCCGGGUCGUGAUAACAUCUGAAAAUCAUCAUCAUGACAAAAGAAGAGAGUUCAAUCCCUAUCCUCAGGAAGUUUGUCAUCGAUUGCUUCAUUGCUAUUGGGCUAACACUCGGCAUAUUUGCAACCUCCCUACUCUGGCAGCCGUUUGAACGAGGUUUCUUCUGCGGAGACCAGAGCCUUAUGUACCCUUACAAGCAUGACACCGUCACGGUUCCCAUGCUGAGGCUCGUCGGAUUGGGUCUGCCUAUAUUAGCCUUCCUAGUAUGCGAGUGGGGACUCCUGCGCAAGAUUGACAGCAGUGAUCGAUGCCUGGGCGUGCGCAUACCGGCCUGGGUCCAAGGAUUCUACUGUAGCCUGGCUUCUUUCGGCAUUGGAGCUUGCUUCGUGGAAAUCGCUGUGAACUUCUCUAAAAACAUUAUUGGAAGACCGAGACCUCAUUUUUUGGAUGUAUGCCAGCCGUCAAUAGACUGCAAUUCAGCUGAAUGGCAGAACAAGUACAUCCAGUCCACUGACUACACUUGCAACGGCCCACAAACCGACAGGUUUGAGGACAUGCGCAAGAGUUUCCUCAGUGGACACUCCGCUUGGGCGGCUUACUGCAUGAUUUAUUUAGCUCUAUACCUGGAAGGGCGCAUGACGUGGUCUGGUACGCGCACUCUCCGCCACGCUUUGCAGUUCGGAGCAUUCCUGCUGAGUUGGUUCACUGCACUCUCCAGGGUCACAGACUUUAAGCAUCAUUGGAGCGAUGUGCUCGCUGGAUACUUCUUGGGAACAGUGUUUGCUGUUGUUAUGUGGCGAUGGGGCACGGAUGUCGUUCUGAAGAAGAAGAACAGCAGCUCGUUACCCUUCGAGACGGUCACCAGCCAGGCGGUGCCCACACAGCAUUGAAUAACAGUUUCACUUAACUAAGUUAUAGGCUAUGUCUUCAUGACUUUGUUGCCUUAGAGUACCGGCUCUGUAGUUAGUCGGCCGAUAGUAUGUUUGGGUUUUUAAGAUAGUAUGAAGAUGAAUGGUGUCAGAAAAUAAAGAUGGACUUAGGUGGUAUCAGACCUCCUGAAAACUUUGAUUGGAAUCAAUAUUGUCUUUAAAAAAAAUAUUGCCAACCAUCUGCUUAGUUGUCGACCGACUGUUUAAUCUGCAGUGUGCUAAUAUAAAAGUGGUAUUCGUUUCUGGUAAUAAGAAAAAUAGAGAAGGACUUUUGCACGACAUAAUAAUAAACAACUAAGUAUACCUAUGUCUUUAACAUAAAAAUGCAUUGCUUAGUUUUUAAAAAUGAUCUUUUUAUGACAGAAUAUUUUUUACGAUUGUUACAAAUCGUGAAAUCGUAAAAUCUUGUAUGUGAUAGUGUCUGUCUAAAAAUAUGACAAUGAUGAAAUGCUGAAAAGGAAUAUUUGCGUUAUAGUAUCAGUUUAACUAAGAUUUCCAGACCACUUUUAUCUUUAAUCUAUUCAGUUAUUGAAUUUAUCCAAUUUAGCUUUCCACUGUAAGUCAACAAGCAUGAAGAUAUAGUCAUUAGUUCUGUUAAUAACUUGUUAUUUAAUAUAAGAAGGCUGUGUACUUUACGUUGUAUCAACGUCUAGUUUGUUAGAAAAUGAAUAUUUAAUGUGAUAUAUUAUUAUUUUUAGGUUAAUUUGAUGAAUGAUAUUUAAUAAAAUCUCAUAAUUAUAAA